AAUUAUAGCUAUAACUUAUUAUAAAUUAACAACAAUAAUUGACUUAUACAAUUGUAGACAAUAGUUAUUGAUUACAGUUAGAGAUUAAAAAAAUCAUUCCAAUUCUGUAGCUGUCAUUUUAGUUUACUGUUCAAACUGAUUCGUCAACAUUGAAAACUUAGUUCUAAAUCCAUAUUUGCUGUUUUGGUUCACUGUGUUUUCUAGUUUUGAUCAUUUGAGUGAAGAUAUUACUCUUAUAUCUGGUAGGAAAAUGUCAGCAAAAGUAAUUGAUGGCAGUAUAUUAGAAGGUGGUGGCCAAAUUCUACGAUUGUCUGUUGCAUUUUCAUGUCUCUUAGAGCAACCUAUAUUAAUUAAUAAAAUAAGAGCUGGUCGAUCUAAUCCUGGUUUGAAACCUCAACAUUUAGCUGGAAUCCAAUUAGUUAAACAAAUGUGCAAUGCAACUACAAAUGGAGACCGGCAGAACUCCUGUGAAUUAACAUUUCAACCAAAAACUCUAAAAAUGGGAAAUUUCAAUUUAAAUGUCAAUUCUCAAACUGCUGCGAGUAUUCCUUUAAUGAUACAGGCAGCUUUACCUGUAGCAAUAUUUAGUAAUCAUAAUUCCAAUAUAACUAUGAAAGGAGGAACUGAUGUUAGUUUUUCUCCUUCGAUGGAUUAUGUUAAAAAUGUUUUAUUUCCUAUUUACAAGUUAUUUGGUGUUCAUUGUGAAGCACUUAUAACUAAACGAGGAUUUUAUCCUAAGGGUCGUGGAGAAGUAGUGUUGACAGUAAAUCCUGUUUCUGAAUAUUUAAAGCCUGUUGAAAUUAAUAAUUUUGGAGGUCAUCCAGCUAUAAAAGGAUUUAUAUUUAUUAGUGGACCAAAACCUCAAAAUAACAAAAAUAACCAGAUAGUUCAAGAUAUAGCAACAGCUGUCAAAAAUAAAUUAAACCUGUCCGGUUAUCAUAAAAUUACAAUUGAAACUGAGGUUGGAAAUUCAGAUGGUUCUGGUGGAAGCUUAGUGUUGGUUGCUGAUACUGGAACCUGCUUGAUUGGUUCAUCUGCUUUAUAUGAUAUGAGAAAAUCAACUGUAGACAGUAUCACCGAUGAAGCAUGUGAUAAACUUUUAUUAGAUUUGGAAGUAAAAUCAUGUGUUGACCCUAAUGCAUUAGAUAAUCUCAUUAUUUUUAUGGCACUUGCAAAUGGAAAAUCAAAAGUGAAAUGCCGAGAAAUCACUUUGCACACUAAAACUGCAAUUUAUAUUGCUGAACAAUUUACUGAUGCUAAAUUUAGCAUCAAACAAUUGGAUGAUAGUUUAAAUGAAAUCAUCUGUGAAGGCAUCGGGUUAAAAAAUUUCUAAUUCUUAUUUUAAUAAUAAAAGAAAUGUAAUUAAUUUAAGAUCGACAGCA